CGAUAGGUGGACUCUGAGUGGUGGGAGAACCGACUCUCCUUCCUAAAAUGGUCGCCGGUAGGUGGAUUCGGAACCGACCCUCCCACCCAUUUUCAUGGGUCCUACUGUAAGUCUGCGACAGCCUUAAUGCUAUAUCGUGAUCUCCUUCUCAGGGUCACAACCAUUCCGCUCUCUCGAUGCAACUCUAUUGGUAUGUUCCAUUACCACAGGCUCUUGAGUAGCAGUCGAAGCCGAAGUCGAGGUUACGCAAUCAGUCGGUUUCCAACUUCACGUCGUCCUGUUGGUUCGGGAAGAUCUCGCACAGGCCAUGAAACUACAGCUAAUCAAACGAAGGACUUUGCCCAAGCGGAAGAUGCCCAUACUCACUCCUCUGAAUCAGUGCGUUCGGAACAAGAACCACCUCUAGGACGCAGUCAAAACAUAGAUACUAGUACUGGCUAUUCCACGGAAAGUCUAACUCGCCUAUUGUCUCAAGACAUCUUAGUCGUAGAAAGGCAAAUUGAGAUGCUCAACAUUUUCAUCGGGUUCGAGCAAACAAAUAAAUACUCAAUAAAUAGCAUAGAUGGAACCCCUCUCGGAUUUAUUGCCGAAGAGCCUGGAGGUCUUCUUUCUUCUCUGAGUCGACAAGUAUUCGCAACCCAUCGGCCAUUCCGAGCACUCAUUAUGGAUACUGAAGGCAACCCUAUCUUAUGGAUAAGACGACCUUUUGCUUGGAUCAACUCCAGAAUGUACAGCCAGCGUCCGUCAGAAACUCAGGAAACCACAGCAGAUGGUGUUCCCAUUCUCGACACGUUUGGAGAAGUCCAACAAAUAUGGCACCCGUGGAGACGACGAUAUGACCUAUUUCUCAGAGAAAGUUCAGAACGAAUACUGUCGGUUGCUAAUGAACCCCAACCCGAACCCCAGCCAUCUACAUUCAGUCAAUUUGCUACGGUCGAUGCCCCAUUUUUGGCUUGGAGUUUCGCUCUCCGGGACGCUCGAGACGAAGAAAUCGCUUUCAUUGGCCGGGAAUUCAGAGGCUUAGGACGAGAAAUUUUCACGGAUACAGGUCAAUACUACGUAUCUUUCGGCCCUAGGCCUGAUUUACCGACGGCCAAUGAGGGUGGUGCGUCUCCCUCACGCCAGACAGUUGUUCGUAAUCUCACUCUAGACGAGCGUGCGCUCGUCCUGGCGCUCGCAGUCAACAUCGACUUCGAUUACUUCUCCCGUCAUUCGGGACACCAUGGUAGCCUAUUCACUUUCACCCCUUGGGAAUGAUCGUCUCGGCCCCGAUAC